GUUUCGACAAAUCUGUUACUUGCGCUAUAAAACUACAACUAGCUAAUAAAUCCAUAUUUGUUGUGUUUUACUUUACAAAAUAUCCUUACUAAGAAGUUUCAGGGUAAAUGCAAGUUGUCCAUUAAAAAAAAACAUGAUCAAAUUAUUUCUUUUCACUAUGGUUGUCAUGGUCACAGCUAACGACAAGACUUGUCCAAACCGCAAUAUUGAUUGCAAAACUGUUCGCUGCGGAAAUAUACAAAAAUGUGGUCCUGAUGAGAGGCUCAUAGAACGAGAUGGAAUAUGCCAGUGUUGUAAUCAAUGCGUUCCAAAAAAAGGAUCUGCUGCUGAUGGCAAGACUUGUCCAGAUCAAAAUAUUGAUUGCAAACUUGUACUCUGCCAAUAUAUACAGGAAUGUGGUCCUAAUGAAAGGCUCAUUGAAAGUGAUGGAAAAUGCCGAUGCUGUAAUGAAUGCGUUCCUAAAGAAGAAUAUAUUGAUGACGGCAAGACUUGUCCAGAACGAAAUAUUGAUUGCAGACUUGUACUCUGCCAAUUUAUACAGGAAUGUGGUCCUAAUGAAAGGCUCAUUGAAGGCGAUGGAAAAUGCCGAUGCUGUAAUGAAUGCGUUCCUAAAAAAAAAUAUGUUGAUGACUGCAAGACUUGCCCAGAACGAAAUAUUGAUUGCAGAACUGUGCGCUGCCGAAACAUACAAGAAUGUGGUCCCAAUGAACAGCUCAUAGAAAGUGAUGGAAUAUGCCAAUGUUGCAAUGAAUGCGUUCCUAAAGAAGAAUAUGUUGAUGACGGCAAGACUUGCCCAGAACGAAAUAUUGAUUGCAGAAUUGUGCGCUGCCGAAAUAUACAAGAAUGUGGUCCCAAUGAAAAGCUCAUAGAAAGUGAUGGAAUAUGCCAAUGUUGCAAUGAAUGCGUUCCUAAAGAAGAAUCUAUUGAUGACGGUAUGACUUGCCCAGAACGAAAUAUUGAUUGUAGAAUUGUAAACUGCGUAAAUAUACAGGAAUGUGGUCCUAGUGAAGAGCUUAUAGAAAGGGAUAGAAAAUGCCAGUGUUGCAAUGAAUGUGUUCCUAAAGAAGAAUAUGUUGAUGACGGCAAGACUUGCCCAGAACGAAAUAUUGAUUGCAGAAUUGUGCGCUGCCGAAAUAUACAAGAAUGUGGUCCCAAUCAACAGCUCAUAAAAAGGGAUGGAAAAUGCCAGUGCUGCAAUGAAUGUGUUCCUAAAGAAGAAUAUGUUGAUGACGGCAAGACUUGCCCGAAGCGAAAUAUUGAUUGCAGACUUGUGCGCUGCCGAAAUAUACAAGAAUGUGGUCCCAAUGAACAGCUCAUAGAAAGUGAUGGAAUAUGCCAAUGUUGCAAUGAGUGCGUUCCUAAAGAAGAAUAUGUUGAUGACGGCAAGACUUGCCCAGAACGAAAUAUUGAUUGCAGAAUUGUGCGCUGCCGAAAUAUACAAGAAUGUGGUCCUAAUCAACAGCUCAUAAAAAGGGAUGGAAAAUGCCAGUGCUGCAAUGAAUGUGUUCCUAAAGAAGAAUAUGUUGAUGACGGCAAGACUUGCCCGAAGCGAAAUAUUGAUUGCAGACUUGUGCGCUGCCAAAAUAUACAAGAAUGUGGUCCUAAUGAACAGCUCAUAAAAAGGGAUGGAAUAUGCCAGUGCUGCAAUGAAUGUGUUCCUAAAGAAGAAUAUGUUGAUGACGGCAAGACUUGCCCGAAGCGAAAUAUUGAUUGCAGACUUGUGCGCUGCCGAAAUAUACAAGAAUGUGGUCCUAAUGAACAGCUCAUAAAAAGGGAUGGAAUAUGCCAGUGCUGCAAUGAAUGUGUUCCUAAAGAAGAAUAUGUUGAUGACGGCAAGACUUGCCCAAAACGCAAUAUUGAUUGCAGACUUGUAGACUGCAUAAAUAUACAGGAAUGUGGUCCUAAUGAACAGCUCAAAUUACGUGAUGGAAUAUGCCAAUGUUGCAAUGAAUGCGUUCCUAAAGAAAAGUAAUAAAAAGUCUCCACAGAUCACAAGCCAGCUUCUACGAAGCGCUUUGAAAGAUUUUUACCAAUUUCCAUUACCUUUAAAAUGUGUUAAUAUGAAAUAAAUUGUUUCCUUUGGAAA